CCAUCUGUGCUAGAGAUACGAUACCAAUUUCCACUUGAUUUGUCAUAAAGUUUUGCCAUGACAGCUUAGCAGAUAGUCAGUGUGCACAUGCUUUGUCAAAAAUGGAGAAGACGGAGACUCGUGCUGUCAUAAAAUACCUGACGAAAAAAGGUUUGACCCCAUCUCAAAUCAAAGCUGACAUGGAUGAAGUUUUGGGAGAGUCUGCUCCUUCGUACACCACUGUGAAAAAAUGGACAGCCCUUUUUAAAUAUGGCAGAGAAAGUGUGGAAGAUGACCCUCGCAGCGGACGGCGGUCAACUGCUGUCACUGAAGAAAAUAUCGACAAAGUUCACAAUUUGGUAUUAGCAGAUCGCCGUUUGAAAACGCGUGAGAUAGCUGAGACAACAGGCAUCUCUGUCGACCGAGUGCACCACAUCCUAACCGAAAAUUUGGGUAUGACGAAGGUCUCAGCAAGGUGGGUACCGUGUCUGCUGACCGCUGAGCAAAAACGUGUUCGCACUUUGAUAUCAAAGGAGUGUUUGGGCUUCUACCAGAAAAACCCACAGGAUUUCUUGCAUUGGCUUGUGAUUACUGAUGAAACGUGGAUCCAUUACUACACUCCUAAAACAAAAGAACAGUUAAAGCAAUGAAAACACCACAGUUUGCCACCACCAAAGGCGGAAAAGACAGUUCCAUCAGCAGGGAAAGUGAUGGCCUCGGUUUUUUGGGAUGCUAAAGGCAUCAUCUUUAUUGACUACCUAGAAAGAGGAAAGACCAUUAAUGCUGUCUAUUACUAUGAA